CAGCUGUGAUGUUAUCUGUUUGAGAUGACCUUGUUCAACUCGCUCGGGCACAUUUCUCAGGGCUCAACCUCCCGCACAAAGUAUCACAUUCGUUUUGUGUUAGUGGUAUCGGUGCCUGGAUGUGCGCUGGAUUCAGUUCGGAUGAUGGAGGACAGACUGUCAGAGCAGUCAGAGCAGUGUAAAGAUUCUCCUCAGCUGUUUACAUACUAUCAAGGUGACAUCAACACUGCCGUGGAUGAGCACUUCUUCCGUGCCCUGAACAAAGCCACCAUACCAAAAGACCUCAGCAUUAAAGCCAAGGAAAGCAAUAGGACUCCCAAAUCAGAUGCCCCCCUAUCAUCAUCCUCAUCAUCACCAUGGGCUUUUUCUGGUCUAACAUGGUCUAAGUCCACACACUCUUCUGGUUCCUCAAAGUUGACCCAAUUGACAUCCUUGGAAGCCACACCUCCAUCCCAGGGAGUUAUCGUGAAUCCCUCAGGACUCUCAUCCUCCCUCUGGCCCUGUCCACCCAGACAGAGCACAGGCUUUGAACUGCCUCAAAUACUCUACCAACCGCCCAUGGCUGCUGAGGGCAGCGCCAGCUCUUACCUCAAUAUGUUACAAAUGGAUCGCCCAACAGGAGGCAUCAUGAUCUCGCCCUUCUCAAAAUCAGAGACCAGACCAGAGUGGAAUUCUGGGACGGCCUUUAAAGAUGUGUCUGGAAGCAGGAUCGGCCUAGAUUCAGGUGUGCCUGCCUCAGAAAUCAAUAAGGAUUUGUACUGGUAUUGAAGAAGAGAUUUCUGGCUUUACAGUAUGAUGAAAAUACAUUUUCAGCAUAAGACUGCCUAUGUUUACAUUAUUACGUAAGCCUAAAAAUGCUUUUGGACAUUCGGUAAAGUGACUCAAACCAUUGUGGUGUCAGACAUUCCUCAGAGAUUAAUGGCUGUUAAUUGCUUCUUUUCUUCUUUUAGCCAUGAGCAUGUGAAUAUCUUAUAAUAGGACAUAAGUGAGAGAACCUGAGUGGAAAUAUUUCACUUCUCUUAGUUGGAUGAAUGAGGAAGUAAAGUCUAUUUAUAUGAUUUGUAAUACAAUCAUAGUUUUAGCAAACUUUCUUUUUGUAAUAUAUGCUGUUUUGAAAGUUCAUAUUUUUACAGUAAGCCAUAAACUGUUGUCAUUUGACAAAAAAUAUAUAUAUUUAAUACAGUAUCUAAAUACUUUUUCUUAUCUAAUAUUCUUUUCUCUCUGAAAAAUUCCUCAUACUUUGGGGAACCCUUCAAAACUUCAUGUACAAUUGUUUCGACUCUUUAGAGCAGGUUACACAGAAGACACAGAAGGCAACGCAGAUGUGCAAUGCUUAAAGUGACAUGAGCAAAAAUAAAUGUCCUCUAAAUUGUUCAGAUGUUGUUGAAUUUCAUCUUUACAAACCUGUUUUCUUAAAACCCGUUUCAGACUUUUUUCCUCAGGCAAUAAUGUAUUUCCCUGUCACAGUCUUUUGAUAUAUGAGUAUGACAAAACAGCUAAAGGCUUUUUUGAUGAAUUUCCUCAAUUAUUUCCAAGAAUUUAGAAAGAUUAGACAUAUGACCCUUUGUUUAAUUAAUCCCACAUAAAUAUGGUUCUUUUGUACCUACGUUACACAUUUACAUACUUUUUAAGCAAGACGUUUGAUUUUUUGCGAGUCAGAAUGACCUGUCAGAAUUAUGAAUGACAUUUUUUGACAUUCUGUUGUUUAUUAGUAUAUUAGACUUGUACAUUAACUUUAUAUAUACUUUUUUUAUAAGCAAUAUUUUGUAACCAAGACUUUAAGAUGUGACUAUACAUAAAUAUAAAAUAAAAAAAUCAUUAAGGUAUAUUCACUUCUGUAACAUUUAACAUGGUUUGAGAAUGAGAAUCGUAAUGAGAACUGAAGGCUUUUUAACUCUCUUGGGUUCAAUCAGUGGUUUAUAACCUUAACAUUGGAUUUUUUAUUUAUUUUUUACAGUGACUAGUACACUGUUAUUGCUUUGUGUGCUUUUCUCUUUCCCAUCAUCCUCUCACAUCCCCAGAGUGUGUUAAUGAAUGAGAAAAUACAAUUUGAGAUGUUCUCAAAGCAUUUACCCUAGUUCAAUAAAGAUUUAAACAAACACUA